UACCAAUUAUCAAAUGUAUUUUUUCCGUAAUAACAAAAAAGCCAGGAUUCUCUUUGAAUCUUCUCAAACACAUUCUUGGAUGGUAGUUCAUCAUUUUGCUGCUACACAUAAUAUUCCAAUUCUAAUUCCGAUCUUCUUUCCCUAUUCUUGAUUACAAAAUACCAUUCCUCUCUAUAAGCCCUAGUUUUGGAGACAUCUGGUUCAUGGUAAAUCUUUUCGUGAAGUUGUUUGACUGAAAGAUGAAAGCUGUUCUUAUGGCCAUGGCUCCUCUGUUUUUCAGGUUUUUGCCUCUGUUCAACACGGUAACUUUCUUCUUUUGAUUCUUUAAAAUUUAACUGUUCUCGUUAAACGGUAUUUUAUUGUUUACCUUCAUAAACAAUCGAGAUUGACCAAUUCAAAUUGGGUUUUGACAUUGGGAGCUUAAUUUUGUUUUCUUCUAAUUUAACAUUUUAUAGUUCUUCCAUUUUUGGUCUAUUUAGUUCUCCAAAAUUCAGCCUUUGUAGAUAUGACACAAAUCCCAGAAAAAAGUCUGUUCGUUUCCCGAUCUUUUGCAUGCCUAUUUUGCGUCUCAAUGUUAUUCUUAAUCCUUUCUUCAUCGAUCCUAUAUCAAUUUGGUGAUGCUUCUUUAGUACCCAGAUCAAUUUACAACAUAAUUAUCGUAAAAACCACACCAGAUUACAUCAAACCUGAUGAAACCAGGGUGGCAUUCGAACCCAGUUCUCCCAUUUUUGCAUCUUUAUCUUGUAAAGAAUCAUGUUCCAAAAUCAACGCCGUGAAACCCGCCAUUUGCGAUCAAACUCAAGCUCUACUCAAAGUUUUUAUGUACGAUUUACCUCCUGAGUUUCACUUCGGAUUACUAGGUUGGAAAGAAGAUCGUAAUCAAAUCUGGCCUAAUGUAAGCAACCUGAAUCAAAUCCCUUCGUACCCAGGUGGAUUAAACUUGCAACACAGUAUAGAAUAUUGGCUCACUCUCGAUCUUCUCUCUUCGGUUUCACCAAACGUAUCUAGACCUUGUACUGCAGUUCUUAUACAAAACUCCACCCAAGCAGACGUCAUUUUCGUGCCAUUUUUCUCGUCUUUGAGUUACAAUCGGCAUUCCAAGACUCGGGUGACUGAGAAAACCACCAUGGACAAGAUUCUGCAACAAAAAUUGGUGAAGUUUUUAAAAGGUAGAGAUGAAUGGAGAAGAUCAGGAGGGAAGAACCAUAUAAUCAUGGCUCACCAUCCUAAUAGCAUGCUUUUUGCAAGAAGACAUUUGGGUUCUUCUAUGUUUGUGCUCGCAGAUUUCGGAAGGUACAGUUCACAGAUUGCAAAUAUCGAUAAAGACAUUAUUGCACCUUACAAACACGUCGUCAGGCGUCUUGAUGCUCGUGAUUCUCCUUCUUUUCAAGAACGACCCGUGUUGGUGUAUUUCCAAGGAGCGAUUUACAGGAAAGAUGGUGGAGUGAUUCGUCAAAAACUGUAUCAUCUACUUAAAGAUGAAAAAGACGUUCACUUUACAUUUGGAAGUGUGUCCUCUGGUGGGGUCCGCAAGGCGUCCAGAGGGAUGUCUUCUUCUAAAUUUUGCCUCAACAUUGCAGGCGACACUCCUUCAUCUAAUCGAUUGUUUGAUGCGAUUGCUAGUCAUUGUGUUCCUGUGAUAAUUAGUGAUGAGAUCGAGCUUCCGUUUGAAGAUGUUCUUGAUUACUCAAAAUUUGCGAUAUUUGUUCGUGCAUCUGAUGCUGUUAAAAAGGGGUAUCUUAUGAAGCUUCUUAGAAGGAUUCGAAGAGAUAAAUGGAUUCAAAUGUGGGAAAGAUUGAAGGAAAUUGAGAAACAUUUUGAGUAUGAGUAUCCGUCACAGAGUGGUGAUGCUGUUGACAUGAUAUGGCAGAUGGUUCAUAGGAAGGUAUCUUAUGUACAUGAGAAAGGUGGUAGGAAAAACAGAUAUGACAUGUCACAGAAGUUCUUAGAUGCCAUAUGAGUUUUUUUUUCCCCUGUUGGGACUUUGGUCUCAUCGAAUUUGAGUCGUGGUUUCACAGCCAAUAUGGAAAGUAAAUCACAGUUU